ACGAGGACUUCGAAAAUGUUUCACGUGCUACUUACGGUUCAGUUCCGGCGACCGUUAUGCACAAUCCUGAUAUUGAUGCGCGGUUUUCGGCGCUCGAAAACACUCUUUCAUCGUCUAUUGAUAUGAUUAUGCAGAGAUUGGACAGCCUUGAACAGCCUAACCAGUCUACUGAGUCUAGUGUUUAUUUACCUCUCAGGGCUCGCCGAAAACUGUUUACAAGGGUAUAGGGAUAGUACUCCUCUAGGGAGGCACAUACCUACAGUUCCUCUUAAUAAUGGCAAAGAUCCUGACAUUGUAGCUCAGGAUGCCGUUUCUCUCCAUACCAAGGACUCUGAUAUGAGAGAAUUUUAUAGCUUGGAUGAUGAUGAUGAAGGCGCUGAUCGUGCCAUUGGGUCUGAUCCCAAAGGUCAUUCUGAAUCUGCUGGUUCUGUUUCUACUAGCACGAGAGCCACAAGGAUCUACCCGGCACAGGUUCCGGCAGUUUUCUAAUCUGUAGACACCUCAUGCUCUUGAUAAGCUGUUUGGUGAUGGUGAUGGUUUAGACGCUGGUAAUGCAGGCAGUCUAGUCUAAUAUUGGACGAUCAUCACAUGAAUGUUUUAAGUGAGUCUUGGCGUUGCAAAUUUCCUGACAAGAUGUGUUCCUACAAGGAUCAAACUAGAAGAGAUUUCCCUGUUCACAAGGAGAACCUUAAUAUUGAGGUACCGAAAUUAGAUAGCAUCUUCGAGGCCAAGAUGCAGAAGAAAUUUCGUUCAUUACAUUCGUCUAAGUUUUAUGGUUCAAAGGAAACUAAAACACCUAAGUUAGAUAAAUCGUAAAUAAUUCAUUUAGUGCUUGGCAGAGACAGCAUAGUGUCCAGAGGGGCACCCAGUUCAAAGUAAAUGUUGGCAAAGACGUGAUGUUGGAGGGUAAAAACAAUGAGAAGCCUAAGCAGCCAUUGCCGCCUUUUCGGACCCUGAAGAAACAAUGACACGACUGCGUCUACAGGUUUGAAAAGCAAGACGAUGAUGUUGGUAAUAGUUUUAAACUUUAUAUCUUCCCUAGUGUUUCUAGUAGCGACAGAAAAGUGUCCAAGCGGCAUUUUGUAUGACGCUUUGAAAGCAAAAUGCGUUUGCCCGAGAGAUAUGUAUCACGAUACAAUAACCAGACGAUGUACUGAUUGUUACAACAUAUGCAACAAUGCAGCUCAUCAGAGGACCAGUGACGAAUGCAACAGUCUUUGUCCUGAUUAUCAUUUGCCAUCACAUGAUAUGCCAGUAUCAGCUGAAGAAGAAGAGGAAGCAGGAGCAGGAGAAAUAUGUACAGGAGACAUGCAAUAUGAUAACAUGAAAAUGAAGUGCGUCUGUCCAAAGGAUAUGUUUUAUGAUGAGGUGACUAGACGCUGUAGUAGUUGCUAUGUUAUAUGUUAUCACGCAGAUAUUCAGAUGACUCAGGAUGCGUGCAAUUUUUCUUGCCCAGACUAUCACUUGCCGUUUACAACGAUUGUGCCACAUUUGAUCUCCACUCCAUCAUCAGAUUUUGACUAUCACAAAGAGGUGACCAUCGUCUUUGUCUGCAUUAUUGUCAUUAUAACGUUUAUUGGAAUAGUCAUAGCAGUAUACUGCGGUAAAUGCAAGAAGAAAGGUGUAUGUUUACUGCCAUGUGUUCGAAGGGUUGGAAGUGGAACUGAGGCAGAAACUGACAGAUUUCAUGAGAAUGUUCAACUAGCAGUUAAUAUGAGACAAGAAGAAGUGUUUGAUGUUCAGCAGCCACAUGAUGAUGGUGUAAACGGCAUGAUGGCACCAUCUGGCCUCACUACAAACGAAGUCAAUGAGGAAACCAAGCUUAAAGUUGGACUUAAUCAUUAAAGCAUUGCUAAGAUUUAUAAUGUUUAUCUUUUUGGUGUCAGGAAAACUCCUUUUCUGUGAAGUAUGAUCUGAAAAUUGAAUUUUCUCUAUAAAUAAGGUAAUUAGUCAAGAGUCAAUCAAUUGUCCCAUCACCUUGCGUGAUUGCUUAAAAUUACUUUUUAGUGCAAGACCAUAAACAUCUGGUUAUUUUUCUUUCCAUUAUGGCUAUUAUUAUGUAAUUAUAGUUUACUCAGUAUAAAUGUCUAGAAUAAGUGUUAAUUGUCAAAAGUGGAAAGGAAACGUUACCAGUGGUUGUAUGAAUAAAAUCACUCGUGAUGUGUGUGACCAAUAAAAAUUAUUGAUAUGCGUUAAUAACCCAUCCAGUUAUUUGUUUAAUGUCUGUUGUUUAUAUUUUUAAAUACUUCUUAAUCAAAAUGUGAUAUUCUGUCUGUGAUAUUAUAAAUAUGAGCCUUGGUUUAUCAAAUAUUUGUAGAUCGUUACACAUGAGAUAUAAUGUUGUCACUGUAAAUUUGUAACAUUUUACACAUUCAUUUUUGUUUAAAAUCCAAGAGCGAAAUCAGAAUGAAUGCAUAGAAGAAAGAAAUGGCCAUUUGUUAGCAAUGUUUAAAGAAUUUUAAUUUGAAAAGUAAGUUCAAGGACAUACAUUCGCAUUCAGUAUGAAAUAAUUUCAUUCAAAACAGGCAAAGUUGGAUCAUGUACGUUCAAUUAAAGCAAAUAACAGGGUAUCAAAUUAAUAGGGCAUGUAGUCCAUUAGGACAAAAUCAGUUCAACAUGGAAAUUGACUAUACAUGAGGGACAUAUAACUCAUUCAAAUAAAGGACAGAUUUGGUUCAUGUACAAAUUGUUGAAAAGCAAUAAACAGGGUAUCAAGUUAAAUGGGUGUGUGAGUUAAUUAGGACAAAAUCAAGUGGGCAUGGACAUAAUUAGGCAAUUAAUAAUCAAUAGAUCAGGAAAGUAUUACAUAAAAUAUAUGGACCAGCUUCAACAUCACUUGGGCAUUUGUUGGUAAUCAAAUUCUGUAGAAGUAAUAAAAGGGUUUUGGGGCAUUAUCGGUGUUUAUUUUGGAGUGUUAUUUGGAACAAGGGCAUUUACAGGAAGAAUGGUCUAAGAAUUUUAUUAAAUAGAUAUCAAAGCAAACUGCAGAGGAAAGAAUCGAUGUAUUUGUCAUUAUAUAUUGACAUAAAAAGAUUAUAUUGUCUCCACGGACAAAUUUUAUUGUCAUAUGAAAAGCCGCAUCUUGUAGCUACUCUCAAUUUACAUGCACUGUGAAAUCAUUUAAUUUGUGCGGAGGGCAAAUUUUUACGGUUGCGUUAAGGUUUAGGAGUAUAUCAUCAAAACACAGAAAUAUUUUAUAAACGAAUAACAUCGUUACCAAUAUU